AUGGCUCCGCUGGGUAGGCUUCAAAGAAGACCGCCCCUCCCCUCAUCCUUCACCAAGGGCAACGCCGUGGAGAUCCUCCACCCUAGCCUCCAUGGUGCGCUCUACUCUACCACCGUGCUUCAAUCGCCAGCCAGGGCCAAGAAGCUCAUCUUCAUUGAGUACUUGACCCUGACGGGCUAUGGCGGCGGCAGCCUGGAGAAGCAACUGAGAGAGUACAUGGACCUAGCCCAAGUGAGGCCCGCCCCACCGCGGGAGAUGCACAAGCGGUUCCGAGUAGAGGAGGAGGCGGAUGCUUACCUAGAGGACUGGUGGCAUUUCGGCGAGAUCAGGGAGAUUCACAAGGACUCCAAGUAUCUAGUCCGGGGGCAUUUCCCCUGGCUUGUGGCUGGUGAUUUUAACGCGAUCAAGGACCCCUCCGAUCAUAUUGGAGGUGCUACGAACUGGAUUCCCUGCUUCGAUGAAUUCUCUCAAUGCCUGUCCCAAGCUGAACUGAGUGACCUAAGGUAUGUUGGGUGCCGAUAUACUUUGUCCACUUCUUCUGGCGAGGCCAAGAAAUUGAGGAAAAUUGAUCGUGUUCUCGUCAAUGGUGAGUGGAAUACACGCUUCUCUUACUCGGAGGCUAAUUUCCAGAAUCCUGGUAUAUUGGAUCACUGCCCGAUGAUUGUCAGAGUGCUGCAGCCUUCUAAUCGGAGUAAGCCAUUCAAAUUUUUUAAUUACUGGACGCAUCAUCCAAAUUUUACUGCCAUCAUUCAGAGGGCUUGGAAUUCCCCUGUUGUUGGAUUUCCUAUGUUCCAGCUGGUCUCCAAGCUUAAAAGGGUGAAGUCGCUCCUAAAAUCUCUCAAUCGAGAUGCCUUCUCUGAUAUUUCGGCUAAGGUUGUUAAUGCGAGGAACUCUUUGGCGGUAGCCCAGAACCAGCUCCAGGCCAAUCCGGGGAUGUCGCUCUUGCCCAAGAAGAAAGGGAAUGUCAUCGUUUUCGUUGAUUAUUUUUCUGACCUCAUGUCCCCGAAGGAAGGCUUGAUCAAGCCAUCUAUAGAGGAGGUGCGGCGGUACAUUCGUAACCCUCUCUCCCUUGAUCAAGUCUUGACGUGCCCAUCUCAGACUCUGAGAUCAAGAACACACUAUUCUCAUUGGCAAAAGGACAUCAUUGGGUCUAUUGUGCUUCAAUCGGUGCAUGACUUCUUCCGGAAUGCUAAGCUUUUGAAAGAAGUAAAUGCAACCAUUAUUGCUCUUGUUCCGAAGGUCCCUAAUGCCACUGCAGUCAUGGACUUCAGACCAAUUGCUUGUUGCAACACAAUUUAUAAGGUGAUCACUAAGAUUCUAGCUAAUCGUAUAGCUGGGGUUUUAGGGGAUGUGAUUAGUCAAUCCCAGAACGCUUUUGUUAAGGGCAGGAGAAUGAGGGACAACAUUUUAUUGGCCCAGGAACUAUUUGCAGGUUUCCAUCUUACUUCGUAUCUGCCCAAGUGUGCCAUUAAGUUGGUUAUGGCUUGUGUUCGAUCUCCUACCUUCUCUAUAUCUAUCAACGGUGACCUUCAUGGGUUCUUUCCGGGCGGUAGAGGGGUAAGGCAAGGGGACCCAAUGUCUCCAUACCUCUUCACGUUGGUGAUGGAAGUCUUUUCUGGCAUAUUGAGGUCUUGUGCCUUCAAACCGGACUUCAAGUAUUACUGGAGAUGUAGGCUUCAGCUGAUACGUUCUGUCCUUCACUCUAUCCAAGCUUCUUGGACGAGUGUAUUCACUCUUCCUGCGUCGGUUCUUGCGGAUGUGGAACGCAUAAUGAGGCAAUUUCUCUGGAAGGGAACUUCGUUGGGCCGAGGAGGAGCCAAAGUGGCUUGGGAGGAUAUUUGCUGCCCCAAGGCUGAAGGGGGUCUCGGCGUUCGUAACAUUAAGCAAUGCAAUAGGGCUUCCACGGUCAAGUACUUAUGGAUUCUUUUCUCUGACAAAGAAUCGUUAUGGUGCCGUUGGAUUCACUCGGUAUUUCUGAAAAAGAAGAAUUUCUGGAUUGCCAAUACUCCGAGGACGUGCUCCUGGAUGUGGAAAAAGAUCCUCCAGCUCAGACCAUAUUUUCAUUCGUCGUUUAGGUGGAUUGUUGGUAAUGGUUACUCCAUUUCACUAUGGCACGAUUAUUGGCUCUCUUGUGGGCCGUUGGAUUCGUGUGUUCCUUCAACGUUUAGGGAGUCCAUUGGUCUUCCGAACCGUGCAGUAGUUGCUGAUAUGUAUACUCCGGUUGGUGCUGCUCUUAAAACUCUCCUAGAAAGAUGGUCAAUUGCCCUCCCGCCCUUAUCGUCUAUGCACGACAAAUUCAUUUGGUGUCAUGAAUCUAAGUUUUCUGUUGCUUCGGCUUGGGAUUUUAUCAAGGUAAAAAGGAAUCAUGUCCAGUGGGCUUCCUUUGUUUGGGAUAAUGCCCUCGCACCUCGUUAUCAAUUCAUUUUGUGGCUCAUAACGAAGAACCGUCUUCCUACUCGAGACGUUGCUAUUAUCCUAUGGGAGAAUUGA